AUGAGCGUCAAGCAGCCCACUAGAUCAAGACGUCGUCUUUUUUCUUGCGUCUUGGGGUUGUUCGAGAUUCAUUACGACCCAAUACGAUCCCUGACUCACUCGUCAAUCUUACUUGGGAUUGAGUUAUGUCGACGCGAUUUCUUCUCGAAAUCACAAGUAAUGAUUGACGAGUCCUUCAUGGGUCCUAUUCUCCAACAUCCAAAUCCAUUCUUUCUUUGCCUCGGUCUCGGUGGGAAGGUGAAGCAGUUGCAGCAUUUGUUUAGAGAAAUAAGGGAAUCACUUCCCCAAGUGCAGCAACUGGCCAGCCUCCUUCAUUUACAUCGUAAGAUGGCUAUGACAAUGGAGCGCUGCGUCACGGGCAUAUAUCUUUUAGUCCUGAAACCUAGUGAGCUCCUAUCAUGCAGUAAAAAAUUUAAAAGAAUAAGAACUGAGCAUGGAUAACGAGCAAAUUUUGAUUAUUU